AUGCCUCGGCGCGAGGGCUACGUGAAUCCACUCGCAUUUACAAUCUCGCUUUGUCUCUGCUUUACCGUCUGCGUCGCCUUACUCCGCGUGUGGAUCCGUCGGAAUGCGUACGGGCUGGACGAUGCUGUCAUCGGGGUGGCAACUUUGGUGUCGCUCGGCCAUACUGCAUCAGGUUAUGCCGCGCUGAUGGCAGGACUGGGCAGACCAUGGUCCAAGAUCCUUGCCGAGGAGGACUUGGCAAGACUCAACCAGGCAUCUGUUGCUAGUAUCAUACUGUUCUUCAUCCCGCUUUACCUAUCAAAAUGUGCGAUGCUAUCGUUCCUUGGCCGCAUCACCAAGACGCCAUCGCAGAUCCUUCUUUAUCGCACGUGCAACAUCGUGGUGGCCAUCUUUGGCGUGGUAUCGAUCGUUCUCGUCACAGCAGGCUGUCCGACCAAACCACAGUCUGGCUGGUAUUGGGCAUUCAGUAACAAUGCUUCCUCAUGCCCAUCUCAGGACCUUCGUUGGCAAGUCGUGACCGCGUUCGAUAUCAUCACGGAGUUGGUCUUGUUAGCCUUGCCGGUCCACCUCGUUUGGAACCUCCAAAUGCCAUGGACGAAGAAAGCAAUGAUAAUUAUUGCAUUCUGGAUCCGACUCCCAGCUCUGGGCUUUUCGCUCGCAAGGAACUACUACACGCUGCAGCUACGGCACCGUAAUGCGGAUGCAGGCCUCGACGGAGCUCUCAUCUCCAUCUGGUUAGAGAUCGAGCUUUCCUACGCGCUUGCUGCCAGCACUCUGUCGGCACUCAAAGCAUUCAUGGAAUCGUUUGAUUCCGGUUUCGGUUUAGGAUUUACGAGAGGCAAAGGCGACGACAGUUACGGCAUGUCCAAUGUCUCAGGCUCGUCCGGCGGCCAGUCAUCCAAGACCGAGAAGAGCAAAUCAGGCUCGCCAACAUCGAGCGGCGCUCGCGGAGCGCCAACACCAGUACUACCCGGAAAGAAAGACCCCCAAACUCAUGGUGCUGCUGCAACUCCAGUUCCCGGUAGAGACAACGCAAUGAAGCUCAGACCAGAGCAGGAUAUUGCCUAUCGCACAGCCAUCUCAGCGGAGCCGUUUGGCGACAUAUCACUGUGGCGAGCCAACAGCAGCAGUGGAAGCGAGAGUUCGGAUGACAUGGUCAUUCAUCGCGAUAUGGCGUACGAAGUACAGCACGAUGAGGCGCCCAUGCUUCCCGAUGCGGCCCAUCAUGCAUGA